UGGCUAUGUGUCUUCAGGGCUAGAGAGAGCCACAUAGGAGAUGUCGGGCCCUGUGCUUUGCUUCGGCGAUUCCUUGACUGCAGGGUACUACGGUGUAUGGCCACACCCUGUCACAAGCCCGCAUCGCUCGCUCGAGGAGGCAGAUCCCGACAGCGUAAAGUAUCACCCCUACGCGACACGGCUGGGGGAGUUGCUACGUGAGCAAGUGGAUGCGCCGGAGGCCCAUGGGUAUCCGGGGUUUUGCGCCCAUGAGCUGCUGCCGAAGCUGCAGAACCAUUUGAAGGAGAAGCCAUGGAGAUGUUGCGUGAUCCUGGCAGGCUCCAAUGACAUCAUCAUGGCAGGAUCCUCCGUGGAGCAAGCACGCGACCGCGUGCAGGCGCUGCACGCCGCCUGCAAGGAGGUUUCUGUGCCAGUGGUGGUGGUCGCAAACCUCGAUUGCGACGCUGAGAAUCACGGGUGCGUCCCUCCUGGCGAGGGCCCCGUGCGUCGAAGCCGCUUGAAGCAGCUGGGGGACGCCUUGCUGGCAGCUGCUGCGGCAGAUGGCUUGGCCUGCUGCGACCCGCGACCCGCGCUGCCAUUUCCCCAGCCUGGCGACCCCAGCACCGCCUUCUGGGAUGAUGCCAUCCACCUGACACCAACGGGUUCCGAUGUUCUUGGGCGCUGCGUCGCUGAAGUUCUUCGUGCUCAUUUGUGAGGUUUCUGGAGGUUUCCAGAGAUUGCGUUUCCG